AUGAAGCCGGAAAAUUAUUUCUUUGCGUUAUUGCUUAUGUUUAAACCAUGGCAAAAAUUAGAGGAUCUUAAAAAUGAAUGCGAUACUUAUACCGAAUCGUUUCACAAAGUAAAACUGCAUCUUAAAGAAGCAUUGCAAUAUCAUGAAAAAUUAGAAGAAUUGCAAAAAGCAUUUGAAACUGCAAAACAGUUAGUUCAGCAAUGCUUAGAUGACGAUUUGCAAAAAGAGCAGUCUCAGGAUGAUCCUGAAAAUGCAAUAGGUAUUCAAAAUUUAGAGGCUGGUGAAGCAAUGCAAGAUUUUAAAGAUCUUGGUGAUAGAGCAAUUCAAGAAAUUGAUGUAUCUGACAUGAUAGUAAAAUUAAAUACGGAUCAAAAACGAGUAUUUGAUAAAGUUACCAAUGCUGUAGAGUCCGAUAAAUCAAUAUUACGAUUAUAUGUUAGCGAAGAAGGUGGUACUGGAAAAAGUUUCUUAAUCAAGACUAUUAAAUGCUGGAUAAAACAAAAUCUCAACAAAGAUACUGCUGUAACAGCACCUACUGGUAUAGCAGCAUUUAAUAUAGAUGGUUUGACAGUUCAUAGAUUGCUUCAAUUACCCGUUGAACAUGGUCAAACUCAUAAGUAUAAACAAUUAUCUGAUUGUGUAUUAAAAGUUUUACGAACAGAUCUUAAAGAUGUUAUUCUUUUCGUAAUUGAUGAAGUGUCAAUGAUAUCUAAUUUGACUUUAAUAUAUAUUCAUCUUCGAUUGUCUGAGAUAUUUGAUACUAGUGAUUGCGAUGAUGGUUGGUUUGGUCGAAAGCAUAUUCUUUUAUUCGGAGACUUGCUUCAAUUGCCUCCUGUACGCGAAGAUCUUAUCUUUACACAUUUAUCCGAUCAAAAAAUUGCUAAUUAUCUUGGUUCUUUAAAUGCUGUUAAUUUAUGGAUUACAUUAUUUGAAUAUAAUGAAUUAAUAAUCAAUAUGCGUCAGCAAGGAGAUAAUUCAUACCGUGAAUUAUUGUCGCGAAUUCGUAUUGGUUUAGUGACAAAAUCUGAUUGUAAAAUUCUAGAGAGUAGAAAAAUAUCUUUCAAAGCUGAUUCUUUCGAAUCUAGAUUAAAUGAAUUAUGUGAUUUUAUUAACAGUUUAUCAUCGGACACUGUUUGUUUAUUUCCUACUUGUAAUAUGUGUGAUGUCCUUAAUAAUGCAAUGUUAAGUCGCAUUACUUCCAAAGAAAUAUUAUUAAUUGCUGAAGAUACGAUUGAUUGUACAUCAUAUGUAAAAAAGAAAGUAUUAAAAGUAUUGUCAAAUAACGAUGAUGAUAGUUCUCGAACAGCUAGACUUUCAAAACAAAUUACAAUUAAAAUUGGAGCAAAAGUUAUGAUUCGGCGUAACAUCGAUGCCAGUUUGGGUCUUGUAAACGGUACAAUUGCUAAAGUAAUUUCAAUUGUACGAGAAACAUCUACUGAUGACGUAGAAAAGAUUAAACUUCUUUUACCAUCAGGUUUAGAAUAUGAAAUUGAAAGAGUAACGGCUAAAUUUCAGGUAUUGGAUAGAGCGUAUGUGAUUCGGAAACAAUUUCCAUUAUCUUUAAGUUAUGGCAUCACUAUUCAUAAAAGCCAAGGAUUAAGUUUGCAAAGUGUUGUUAUGGAUAUUGGCAACUCUGUAUUUAGUUGUGGUCAAAUUUAUGUUGCCUUGUCGCGAGUAACAUCUCUAGAAGGAGUGCAUUUAAUAAACUUUGAUCCUUCAGCAGUAAUAGCUAACAAAAAAGUUAUUAUUGAAUAUAAUCGUUUAAAACAGAUAUACAAUCCGAAAGCAGAAAUGAUUGCUGUGUCAAAAGAACGUUGUCGUAAAGUAAAAGAUGUUCCAUGGGCGUUACCAAAAAUAGUUACUUCUGUUCAAAAAUCAAAUUCAGAUCGAAAAAUUCAACAUACGGUUUCAAAUAAAAGAAUUCAAAGCACUGCUUGGAUCAUACGUGGUUUUCAGAAUACAGACAAGAUUUCAUGUUAUGCAAAUACAGUAUUGCAAUGUUUAUUACAUUUAAAUAUUAUUAGGCAGCAGUUGAUUAAUUGCAAUAAAACAGACGUUUUACCACAAGAUGGUAAAUUAAUAAAAGCAGAAAACAAAUUUAAUUUAUGUGCUGUUCCAACAACUAAAGUAUUAAUAGCGGGACAAUUGUACAAGACGAUGAGUGCUAUACUUUAUGAUAGUUCGUGCACCGAUGAAGGUCAUUAUAACCACGAGGUUUUGAAACUCAAUCUUUCUAGGCAGUUAGUCUCUAAAUCAUCCAUUACGAUAUCCGCUAAUAUGGGUGAGAGCGGAGACCCCAUAGGACUGCCAAAAAUCUGUUCAUAA